AUGUCCAUACUGAAGUUCCAUUGUCGCCUUCUGCGUUGUGUUUCCAGGUGCUUUACUGCCACCACCAUCUGCUAUCCAGCCACAAUACACGACUAUACAAAAGUUGAAGACCCUCAGACAGAAUAUAAUAACAAGAAAAGGACAAUCAUCCUCGAUCUUGAUGAAACGUUGGUUCACUCUACGACGCAACUGCCGGGAGUUAGAUAUGAUUUCAUGGUGAUGGUGAAAAUGGAAAGGGAGAUUAUGCCAAUCUUUGUGGUGAAACGUCCUGGCGUGACUGAGUUCUUGGAAAGACUUGGUGAAAACUACAAUGUCAUAGUUUUCACAGCUGGUCUGGAGGAUUAUGCUUCACAGGUUCUGGACAAGCUAGACAAGAAAGGUGUGAUCUCACAGCGGCUAUAUCGAGACUCUUGCACGGAAGUGAAUGGAAAAUAUGUAAAGGACUUAUCUUUGGUAGUGGGGAAAGACCUUGGAAGUGCUUUGAUUGUUGAUGACAAUCCAUUUGCUUACUCGUUACACCCAGAGAAUGGAGUACCCAUAAAGGCUUUUGUUGAUGACUUGAGAGAUCAAGAACUUCUGAAAAUUUCGGAAUUCCUUGGAAGCUGUUAUGUGUAUGAGGAUAUGAGGGAUGCAGUCCAGGAUUUGCUGGCUAACUAG